AUGAACACCUUGAGAUCCGGUUCCCGGUCGGCCAAUCAACUCCGGCAACUAAAACAACUCCUCAACCGUCACUCCACCACCUCCUCCUCCCAUGCCCGACGAGCGAUCUCCACCGCUCGCGCUCCUCCCUCUUUCCUCAGGCAGCACUCCAUCGUGCUCCCCGAUCACCUCUCGCCACGUCAUCCAAUUAAAAUCCAGCCUUCUUAUGUUACCGCUUUCCGUCACCUACACACCGGAGGUGGUGAUUUCGGAGAGAGAUACGAAAACCAGGCUCCAAAAACUCAAUCCUCGUCGUCAUCGUCGACGACAAAGGCACAAGAACCAGAAAGACUAGCACAUGUAGUUGUUUCAGAGAUCGCAUUGACUUUGAUUGACGAGAUUCUUAAGUUUAAGCCAAUCCGAAAGGCGGAAGGGAAAAGGCUAACAGACGCGAUUAAUGAAAACUGCUUGGACCAGCUUAGACAGGAAGAAUUUUUUGCAAAGUUGGAACAAAUCUUAGAGGCAAAAAGAGAAAGGCUAAUGAUUAAUAUAGUUGAUAAUUCAAAGGUUCAUGGAGACGAAUCAGAACUUGUGGCACACGCAUUUGCAGCCACAAAAAUAACCAUAGCAUUAAAAGCGGUUCAGAAGAUAAAGGAGCAUUUCCCGCCGUCGCCCGAGGCAGAAGAAGCAAAAAGGCUAACAAAUAAAAUUGUUUCAGAGGUUGCAGAGGAAUUAAUUGAUGGCCGUGCUAAGGUUGACAAAACCGUAAUGGCGGAAGUAGCAAGGGUAGGUAAAGAAAUUGCUGAAGAAUUGGACAAUAUUAGCGGGGAAGAAGAUAUUGUAAAGGUUGAACAAAUCUUAACGAUAGAACGAGAAAGGUUAAUGAAUAAUAUACUUGCUAAUUCAAAGGUUGACGGAGACGAAACACGACUUAUAGGACAAGGAAUCACGGCCAAACUAAUAUCCAUGCGAUCAAAAACGCUUAAGAAUGUUAAGGAGAAGCAUAUCCCGGCGGUGCCGGAGGAUAUCAAUUUGAAAAUUCAGAAAGUUGCGAGUAGGCGAGCAAGAUUGAUCGAGUUCGUGCCGCAGGAAAAAGCAUUUGUUGUUGAGCGAUCUGGAAAAUACUGGAAGACAUUGGAAUCAGGAACUCGUCACUUUUUAAAUCCUUUCACAGACAGAAUAGCGUAUGAAUAUAGCUUGGAACAAUUUGGCAUAAGCUUUCCCCGACAGAUUGUGGCCACUAAAGGCAAUUUCCAUUUCGGCGUCGAUGGACGUUUCGGAGUCCGGGUUGUGAACCCUAAGUUGGCGUCGUAUGGAGUUGACAACCCCACACUUUCCGUGAUUCAAACUGCAAAAUCAAAGAUGCGAAUCGAGUUCUCGAAAAUUACAAUGCACGAAUUUACCCACCAGAGGGACACACUUUUGGAGAACAUAACAAAAGCAACUAAUGACGUGGCCAAGGAUUGGGGAAUGGAGUGCGUUGUGUUCCAAGUUUACAUACCAAAAUAG